CCCAGAAGUCACUUCCUGUUCCGGUUUACGCUGUAGUUGUGUUUUUACUGAACCGUGUUUGCACAAAUCUUUCAAUUUGUUACAUCCGUGAUUAACACUGAACCAUCAUGACUGGAAAGUUGAAAUCAACUUACAGAAACUACAUAUCAGACACAUCACUGGACGAACCAAAGACAACUGCAUGGAGACAUUCACGUUUAAAUCUACCUUACGAUGUAGGAAGUCGGCCGAACCGUCCCUCCACAAAUCUUAAUGGACAGACCGGCAAUAUCGCAGAUGGUGUUGAAGCUUUCAGAGAUUUCGUGCAAUCUUUCCACAACAAUUCCAUUCAAACACAGAAUGAACAAGACAAUUUCUCUCUGGAUGAUCCUGCUUUACAACAUGGGAAAGAGCCAGUACCGUUAUCGACAGAUGAAAACCGCGACGAAGAACCUUUUGAAACGCACGAGCUUGAUCAAGAAAAUGAUGAUCAGACCAACCCAGUUAUUGAUGGUGCAAGACCUAUAUAUAAGGAUGCCCCCAUAUCUGUUGCUGUCAGCCUUCUGAUGAUACUAACAUAUGCCAUGACUUAUCACUUGUCUGGUGAAGGAACAGCUGAUCUUCUGCUUUUGAUUGAGUUGCAUUGCAUUUCACCGAACUUUUGCAGUAAGACAUUCCAAAUGUUUACUAAUUACUUUCGAACACUUAGAGCUCCUUUGGAAUUCCAUCAUUACUGCUGUGAAUGCCACCAUUAUUACGGUUUGCUCAAAGUUGAUACAUGCCCAGGAUGUAAACGACAGUCACAACCAAAGGACCCUCCAUCAUACUUCAUUGUUCUUCCGAUUAUUGACCAAAUAAGGUCCCUGUUUGGAGAAACAACAUUGAUGAAGGAAAUUUCUGACUACAAAAAACUAUUUUUGAACCACAAUGAUGGAAAUAUUCGGGAUAUUCUUGAUGGUCAGCUGUACAAGGACAGGUUUUCAAAUGGAUUCUUUAAGGAUGGAGGUACCAACAAGAAUGAGUUACACAUCUCUGUGCAGAUGAAUACAGAUGGCGUCUCACUGUUCCGUUCUUCGUCCUUCAAUAUAUGGCCUGUUUACUUUGUCAUCAAUGAGCUGCCACCACACUUAAGAUUCACCCGAAAUAACAGGCUGUUUGGAGGUUUAUGGUUUGGUUACACAAAACCUGACUUCAAAGUGUUCAUGAAACCAUUUGCUGAAAUGCUGCGUGAUUUCUACAAUAAAGGAAUUGUGGUUGAUGAUAUCAAAAUAAGAGGUCUUCUCUUGAACUGUGUUUUCGAUGCCCCUGCCAGAUGCUUAUUCCACAACAUGGUGCAGUUCAAUGGAUUUCAUGGGUGUCCAUACUGUAUGAGUCCUGGAGAAUCAGUAAAAACCAGUGAACGAGGACAUACCCAUGCUUAUCCGUUUGACAAGUCAACGGCAACCGGUCAUGGAGAAACUAGGACUCAUCAAAUGCUUGUGGAACAAGGAACUGCAGCAGAACAAGACAGGUUAACUGGAAAAGUCGGGAAUACGUUUGGUGUAAAGGGACUAACCUGGUUUUCUUUUUUACCGAAAUUUGACAUGGUUAGGGGAGUGGGAAUAGACUACAUGCACUGUGUGUGCCUAGGAGUGAUGAAAAUGCUGAUGUCUUUAUGGUUUGAUAAGUCUUAUAGAAAUGAACUUUUCAGUAUUUCUGGACAACUGAGUGCUGUCAAUGAAAGACUCUUAAGCAUAAGACCCCCUACUUAUAUAACCAGACUCCCACGCACCCUGUUAGACAUUGGCCAUUUCAAAGCCACUGAAUACAAAUCAUUCAUGCUGUACUAUAGCCUUCCUUGUCUGUUUGGAAUUUUACCAGAGGAGUACUUUGAACACUUUUUGUUGUUAGUACAGGCCAUGUUCAUCCUGCUGAGUGACCACAUUACUGGUGAACAGUUACUUCGAGCAAAGAAGAUGUUGAUGCAUUUCAGUAUCAAUGUGCCAGCAUUGUAUGGAGAGAGGUACAUGACCUCAAACGUACAUCUUCUUCUUCAUCUAACCGACAAGGUUCGGGAUUUAGGACCACUAUGGGCAACAUCAUGUUUUUAUUUUGAAGAUUUUAAUGGUCAAUUAAGAACACUUUUCCACGGGACACAAAAAAUAGAACGACAAAUUGUCUUUGCUGCAAGUGUUCAUCAGAACUUGCACAAAAUUUCAAGUUGUAUUAGAUAUGGAUCUGAUGAACAGGAACUUUACAGGAAAUUAACAGAAAAAAGGAUGUGCUCCAAACGAGAAAAAAUUGCAGACAACAUGUUCAUUGUCGGUGCUGUUACCACCAAUUUUUUGACAGAAAUGGAGCAGCAUGCAGUCACACAUAAGGUUGGGCCAUACCACAGACUGUUGUUUUUCAAAAGAGCCUACAUUAAUGGGUUUAUUGUCCAAAGUAAGAACUAUAGAACAAUGACAAAACGAAACAAUACUGUGGUACAGUAUGGCAAAAUGGAUUUUGGACAGGUUAUAAUGUUUGUAAAAGUGUUUCUUCAGUGUCCAGAUGCCCACUUUUGUACCAUAAUAUGCAAGUGCAAGACUCCAGUUUACCUUGCAGUGAUUGACAGUAUAUCCAUACUUCCCAAGCAGCUGUCAUCAGACAAUAAAACCGUUUUACAAGUCUCUCCAGCAUGUGGAAUUUUGAAAGCUGUCAACAUAAAAGACAUUACUGCCCUGUGUGUGUCUGUACCCAUAUCUAAGGACUUGUCCUUUCUUGCAAUUCCUGUAAACAGGGUUGAGAAAGAAUGAAACAGCAGAUAGGUACCAAAUGUGAUUUCAUCUUCCUAAACCGAAGACUGAACUAGAUGAAUAUCAAUAUAUGUGCAUUUGACUAUUUCAUACAAUAUACAGUGUACUUAAGUAAUGCACAGCUGUACAUAAUUACAAUUUCUCCAAAUUUAGAUUAUAUAUCAGUUUUAGGAAGCUAUUAGCAUGCAAAAAGUUAAUAAGUUAUAUGUAUCAAGUGGUAUUGAUUUUGAAUUAACAAUGCUUUUUCGUUGUUGAAAUAAGCUAUUUAGCUAUGCAAUUGCAUAAUAAUAUCAUAGCUGUGCAAGUUUGAUACACUUUUGUACAUGUUGUCACUAUGAAUUCAUUCGUGAAUGACUAUUGAAAAAAAAACCAAUACCAAUGUUGUUAAUAAGACUUAAUAUAAGUUCUGUAAUGAUGUAAAACAGUCAACCUGAUUUUUACACUUUUGAACAUGGAAUGUGUUGUAUACGUUUAAUAUCUGUGACUACGUUUAAUAUCUGUGACAUUUUAAAAGAACAAUGAGAUUGAAAUGAUGAGGACAAAAAUGAUAUAUAUGAGAAUUUAUCUGCCCUUUUUGUAAUGAUGUAUAUAUUGAUGAGGACAAUAAUGAUAUAUAUGAGAAUUUAUCUGCCCUUUUAGUAAUGAUGUAUAUAUUGAUGAGGACAAUAAUGAUAUAUAUGAGAAUUUAUCUGCCCUUUUAGUAAUGAUGUAUAUAUUGAUGAGGACAAUAAUGAUAUAUAUGAGAAUUUAUCUGCCCUUUUAGUAAUGAUGUAUAUAUGAGAAUUUAUCUGCCCUUUUUGUAAUGAUGUAUAUAUUGAUGAGGACAUUAACAAAUGCUAUGAGAGUUUUACUACCUUUCAUAAUUUGAUGUGACUACAAUGCCAUAAUCAUUCACAAAAAUAAAUGAUUUAUU